CAGCUGCAGGGGAAGGGGUGGAGGAAGAGAGAGGGAGGAACGGAAGCGGCAGUACAGUCAAGUCUACUUUCUGGAUUUAACUAACGUGCAAUAUUUAUGUAAACAGUAGAGUGAUAACGAUCAAACAUGAUAUCAGAGGAUUUAGUUUCCACCUGUGCGGAACUAGAGCGCCAAGAAUUAACUUCUCCGACAGGUGAAGCUUCACCCCAAGAAUAUGCUCAAUUGUUAGCCAUCUAUCUAUGUCAAAGUGAUCUGUGUAAUGCCAAGUUUUUAUGGAAACGCAUCCCAGCAUCUGCGAAGAGCAGUAAUGAGGAAUUGUCACUUAUCUGGAAGGUUGGCCAAUGUAUGUGGAAAAGAGAUUAUCCCGCAGCUUAUGCAGCCCUUCAAGCUCCAUGGUCAGACAAUGUCAGACACAUCAUGACUACACUUCAAGAAGAACUUCGCUCAAGAGCAAUUGACCUUAUUGCCAAUGCCUACUCUUCCAUUGCCUUAAGUGAUUUAGCAGCAAUGGCCGGCAUCAAUGAUAGAGAAGCUGAACGAAUUUCCAAUGAACGAGGUUGGAUUAUUGAUGCUGAAACAGAGAUGGUCCAUCCAGUGAGGCCACCACCUUCUUCUCAAGUCAUCACCUCUAGUGAAGGGCAGCUUAAUAAACUUACUGAUUAUGUUUCGUUUUUGGAAAAUUAGGCAGACUAUUUGAAAUCUUUUGUAGCAAUAAGGGUUUUGUUUCAAUUCAAUUUGUGUAUUUUUAAUUGAGAAAUUCGGUCGUUAAAACAGUGCACCUAUUUAUCUCAAAAUUGUCUUCUUUUAUAUUUAAUCAAAACUAUAUGGGGCAAUGAGCCAUCUUUUUCCGAACAAAUAUAAGGCAGAUUUUGUAGUGAUUUGCAAUACUCCUUAAAGAUUCAAUACAUAGUGGCAUUUUUCAUUGAACUAUUGUCUGUUACAUCAACAAAUAUGUGACUGAAUGGAUAAGUAUCUGAUCUGCUCUUGUGAAAGUUGGGUGAAAUUAAAAGCAGCUCACAGAAA